UGUAUUCCUACCCGUUUGCCUCUUGUUUCUCAACUCAAUUUCGUUCUCAUUAUUGAAUCUUUUGAAAACAACCCACGACCUCGUGGAACAAGAUCAAGACUAAGACUUUUCGUUGUUCGUUUUUGUUUAUUGUUUUAUUUUCCUUAAACCGAAUUUACAUCAUAAAUGAGACAGUGAUCAACUUUGUUUAACUAAAGUAACUUCUUAGUAGUAUAAUAUAAUCUAACUCCCCUCAAAAUUUAAGAUAAAAUAAAAUAAAGGUAGCAGCAGUUAUAAAUACAGCACAUUCUCUGUGAAUAACGGUAUGCUGUGCCAUUCCCUUCCUUUCAUUUCCGAUAUUCUAACAACUCGAUCCAUACUUUCAAAUUUCUAAUAUUCCUCUGUUUUCAUCGAUAAGAACAGAGCACAAAGACACUGUCAGAUUAUUUCCAGGGCUGACUCGCCAUGAAAAUGAAUCAUCGGAUUCUGCUAACUCUUACAUUACUAACAACCUUAACCCUUUUAAAACCUCCGACCACCGUUGCAUUCACUAAAGGAAGGCUUGCCACAGUCUUAAGCAUAGAUGGAGGUGGGGUCAGGGGAAUCAUUCCGGGCACCAUUCUUGCUUUCCUCGAAUCCAAACUUCAGGAACUGGACGGACCGGAUGCUAGGAUUGCAGAUUAUUUCGACGUGGUAGCCGGAACUAGCACCGGUGGGCUAAUAACCGCCAUGAUCACCGCCCCAAAUAAGGACAACCGCCCCCUUUACGCCGCCAAGGACAUCCCAAACUUCUACUUGGAUAAUAGCCCCAAAGUCUUUCCCGCCAGCGACAGGAACAACCUUGCAAAAUCGCUUAAUAACGUGUUCGGAGGUCCGAAAUACGACGGCAAGUAUCUUGCAUCUUUAGUUAAAAGGCUGUUGGGUAACGUGACAAUCGACCGGACGUUAACGGAUGUUGUCAUUCCGGCUUUUGACAUCAAACGUCUUCAACCAGUCAUCUUCUCCAAAACCGACGCCAAAGCAAAUGUUACCAAAAAUGCUCUGCUUUCGGACGUUUGCCUGAGCACCACAGCAGCUCCUACCUUCCUUCCGCCUCACUAUUUUGAGACCAGAGAUGCACAAGGUGGGGUCCGCACUUUCGACAUGGUCGACGGUGGAGUUGCCGCUAAUAAUCCGACCCUGGUGGCCAUAACUCACAUUUCAAAACAUUUAUUGACUGGGGAAUUCCAAUUGGUGGACAUGAAGCCCAUGGAGAGCAGCAAAUUGCUCGUUUUGUCACUGGGCACAGGGAUGGCUAAGAACGAAGAAAAAUACACAGCCUCUAAGGCUUCCAAAUGGGGUUUACUUGGUUGGAUGUUCAACAAUGGUGCCACUCCGUUGAUUGAUAUGUUCAGCUACGCAAGCUAUGAUAUGGUGGAUAUUCACGUUUCCACCCUCUUCCAAUCACUUCACAGCGACAAAAAUUACCUUCGGAUUCAGGUAUAUAUUCUUUAUCGUAUAAUGAUAUUAAUAACAAUUUGAUGAUACGUUGUCUAUUGUUUUAUAUCAUGAAACGUCUAUUAUUAUCGUAUUCUGACCACUCAUUAGCAAACAAUACAUAUGCUACGUUAUUGUGUCAAUAUGAUAUGAAUUUUCAAUCUAAUUUCAUUUUUUUUUCUCAUUGAUUUUAAUGUGACAGGAUGAUUCGUUGGCCGGGGAUGCUGCCUCUCUUGAUGUCGCAACUUCAGUGAAUAUGCAAACGUUGGUCCAAAUCGGAAACGAUCUAUUGAACAAGCCGGUGUCGAGGGUGAAUUUGGAGACGGGAAAAUCUGAGGUAGUUCCAGGAGAGGGUACUAAUGCGGAAGCUAUUACUCAAAUUGCAAAGAUCCUUUCCGAUGAAAGGAAGUUCCGGCUGGCCAACUGAGAAAUUUUUUUUUAACACAUUAUCUUGUAGUAAUUUACACUUUGCUUGUUAUGAUGAGAUCCGAAAUUAUUCUUUUUACUGGUUUAUUUUGUAAGUGCCUAGCUAGCUCCAAUCAAUAAGCAGAUGUUCCAGUGUACAAUGUAAAAAUAUUCAUAAUACAUUAGUACAUUGUAGGAGUUUAUUUUAAUUCAGAUUUUUGAACACCUUUAUACACUUUUGGGGAUCCAAUCAUUAUUAUAGUUACAAAUCCCAACUAGAAACGUUGUUUCACUCUCUAAUGUGCUUGGCAUAUACUCUUGUCCCACAAAAAUAAUC